AUGCUUUACUUUCAGGUGGUGAUCUUGGCGGCGACAGCGAUGCUGGUUUAUUACUGUGAGUUCACGGACACGUUCAGUCCAGCAGAGCAGGGCUUCAUCUGCAGAGACCCCUAUCUGUCUAAACCUGAUCCUGGACCAGAACAGGACAGCCGAGUGCAGCCUGUGAUCCUGUUCUCUGUGCUGGGAGGCCUGCCCGUUGUACUGAUUUCAGGAGUGGAGCUCGUCAUCUUCCUCCUGAACUACAACUCAAACCAGCUGUAUGACCAGGAGAAGGUGCUUGUCAUAGGUGACUGUUGCUAUGUGAACCCCAUGGUGCGCAGGACCGUCCGUUUCCUUGGUGUGUAUGCCUUUGGCCUGUUUACAACAGACAUCUUUGUAAAUGGCGGUCAGCUGAUCACAGGUUCUCUGGCUCCUUACUUCCUGUCUGUGUGUCGACCCAACUACACCGCACUUGGCUGCGAUGACACCUCGCUCUUCGUCAGCCAAUCAGAAACUUGUAGUGGUGACCCUGAUGACAUCAUGAGAGCCAGGAAGACGUUCCCAUCCAAAGAGGCGGGGCUUAGUCUGUUUACAGCUGUUUACCUCUCAAUGUACAUCAUGUCAUGUGUGAGGUCCAGUGGAGGUCGUCUGACUGGCCCCCUCCUCAGCCUCUCAUUGGUCGGUCUGGCCACGCUGACAGGUUUCAACAGAGUAGCCGAGUAUAGAAACCACUGGAGGGAUGUUAUUGCAGGACAAGCCAUCGGGGGCGCUGUGGCUGUCUUUCUUGUGGUGUUUGUGGUUCAGUAUUUCAAAAAAAGACGUGCGAUGUCACACAGUUUGUCUGAUGCAGGAACAGCCAACACUGACGAGACCGCACCGCAAAUCAACCACAACAUGACGACCACUGACAAAUACGUUGUUGCACAGAGUCCAGGAUCCUUCACUGAAAUAACAUGA